AUGAAACCAACAUUAGGACUGCCGGCUUUGGCCGUGGGGUUGAAUUUGGCGAGCGUCAGUGCUAUCGAUGUCUCAUGGACAGAUGAAGACUCAAUAAAGAGUGCCGCGAGCACGGUCGCAUAUGGGCUCGUAAAAUACUACACUGGUAACAAUACUGGCGAUACCCCUGGAAACUUACCAGAUCCCUAUUACUGGUGGGAGGCCGGUGCCAUGUUCGGGACAUUGAUAGACUACUGGUGGCUCACGGGCGAUGACUCUUACAACACAAUCACCACGCAAGCCAUGCUGCAUCAAGUGGGCGACGACAACGACUACAUGCCACAGAAUCAAACCCUUACAGAAGGAAACGAUGACCAGGGCUUCUGGGCAAUGGCCGCCAUGUCCGCCGCCGAACACAAAUACCCGAAUCCGCCAGAGGACUCACCGCAGUGGCUCGCCCUGGUCCAAGCCGUCUUUAACGAGUACGUUAGUCGAUGGGAUACGGAGAACUGUAACGGCGGUGUGCGAUGGCAAAUCUUUACGUGGAACGCCGGUUUCGACUACAAGAACUCCAUCUCGAACGGGUGCUUUUUCAAUGUGGCUGCGCGCCUGGCUCGGUACACGGGGAACACGACAUACUCUGACUGGGCAGAAAAGGUCUGGACAUGGCAGACGGACGUCGGACUGCUCACAUCCGAUCACGAAGUACUCGACGGCGUUCACUUUGAGGGAAAAUGCCCCAGCUCCACCGACAGCACAAAGUGGUCCUACAACGCCGGCAUCUUCCUCUACGGCGCGGCGGUGAUGUACAACAUUACGGGGAGCGACACGUGGAAGACCCGCCUCGACGGCAUGCUCACGGACGUGCAGACGGCGUUUGUCCAGAACGACAUCAUCUACGAGGCUUACUGCGAGCCGACAGCGCAGUGCAGCCAAGACGCGCAGAGCUUCAAGGGGUAUCUCGCGCGCUGGCUGGCCGCCACAUCGCAAGUCGCCGCGCACACCGCGGACACCAUCACGGCGCUGCUGCUUUCGAGCGGGAAGAAGGCGGCAAUCACCUGUUCGGGGUCUCCCGCUUCGGGGUUCAAGGGCCAUGCGGGGACCGCGUGCGGAUUCUCGUGGCUGAAUGAGACUUUUGAUGGGAUCGUGGGCGUGGGACCGCAGAUGACUUCUUUGCAGAUGAUCAUGUAUAACCUAGUCGGAUCGGCUGAGGCGCCCGUCACUGCUACUACGGGGGGAAACUCCACGGGCGAUGUAAAUGGAGGAAAAACUGAUGAUGGGUCGGGGUCGUCAAAUUCUCUUAAGGCGAUCACUACCGCGGACAAGGCCGGUGCGGCCAUCUUGACGAUAAUGGUUUCGGCCAGUGUUGUUGCCGGUAGUGCCUUUCUCAUCAUGUAG